UACGUCCACUAGCCGCCGUGCACCACCGAUCGAUGCGCCAUCUGCCGUGGUGAGCCAUAAUUGGCAUGCCUGACCCACGAGCUAGCCAGCCGGACAACGAUCGAGGUGACGCUGGACACAUGGCCGCCGGCGGCGGCGAUGCGGCGGCGGCGGCGGCGGCUGGCGUGGCGAAGGACGUGGAUGCGGAGGUCGUGGUCGUGGGCGGCGGCAUCGCGGGGCUCGCGACGGCGCUGGCGCUCCGCCGGGCGGGCGUGGCUCGCGGCGCCGGCGCUGGCGUACUGGUGCUGGAGCGCCACGCGGAGCUGCGCGCCAUGGGAGCCGCGCUCACCAUCUUCCCCAACGGCUGGUUCGCGCUCCGCGCGCUCGGCGUCGCGCACAAGCUCACCUCCCGCUACGAGGCCUACGAAACGUCCAAGGCGACCAAUCUUGAGACCGGAGCCACGCAGGUGUUCCGCUUUGCCGGUAACAAGAACAAGGGUGAAGAAGUCAGAGUGAGGGCGCUGGACAGGAAGGCGCUGCUGGAGGCGCUCGCGGAGGAGCUGCCGCCAGGCACCGUCCGCUUCUCGUCCAAGCUCGUCUCCAUCGACACCGAGCGCGCGGCCGGCGACGCGUCGGAGACCGUCGUGCUGCGGCUGGACGACGGCGCAGUGAUCCGAGCCAAGGUCCUGAUCGGUUGCGACGGCGUGCACUCGGUGGUGGCGCGGUGGCUGGGCCUGCCGGAGCCGGCGAGCUCGGGCCGGUCCGCCGUGCGCGGGCUCUCCACCUUCCCCGGCGGCCACGGCGCCAAGCGGGAGCUCCGGCAGUUCCUCUCGCAGGGCCUCAGGGCCGGCAUGGUGCCCAUCAGCGACACCGACAUCUACUGGUUCCUCGUCAACGACACCGUCCCAGCGGAGAAAGACGCCGCCGGGGACCCGGUCAGGACCCUGCGCGAGGUCACCGGCAGCCUCGCCGGCCACAUGCCGGCGGAGUACCUCGACGUGGUGCGCCGCUCCGACCACGGCAACCUCUCGUGGGCGCCGCUCCUGUACCGGAACCCUCUGUCCAUCCUCACCGGCGCCGCCGCGCGCGGGGCCGUGACGGUGGCCGGCGAUGCGUUCCACCCGAUGACGCCCGACAUGGCGCAGGGCGGGUGCUCAGCGCUGGAGGACGCGGUGGUGCUGGCCCGCGAGCUGGCGCGGGCGGCCACGCCGGCCGAGGGCGUGGCCGCGUACGUGGCGCGGCGGCGGUGGCGCGCCGCCUGGCUCGUCGCCGGGGCCUACCUGUCCGGGUGGGUCCAGCAGGGCGGGACCAACGUCCGCGGCGCGCGGGGGCGCCUGGUGAAGAUGUUCCGGGACUGGGUGUUCUACCCGUUCGUGUUCCCCAGGCUCGCCGACACCAUGUGGUUCGACUGCGGCGACCUGGCGCCAUGCGCCGAAGGCAAGAUCCACAAAGAGUGAAGUAAAGGACCGCAAUGACUUACUUGUAUGUGAUGUAUGCUUGUGGACUGCAAGAUUUUACAAUAAUGUUUCAGGUUGUGCGUGUGCUAGAAAAAAGUUUGUGUUUGGUCUAGAACUGAUGUGUAGGAGAUACUCCCUCCAUACUCACAAAGAAAGUCGUUUUGGACA